UUAAUAAGUACAAGUCAACUAACCGCAUUAUAAUUAUGCUCAGACGAUUUUAUAAUUUGAUAUCAGAACCCACCUCCUGUAAUUUUGUUUCUUUUAAAGCUUAACUUCAUGUGUCUUCGUGUAAAAGUGAAAUAAGCGAGGGUCUAAAUUUUUUCCCUUGUCUAAAGGUGUAUGAAUACAAGAAUAGCACGAGGUUUGCGAGCGUUUUAAGACGCACGAACAAGAGAUUUUAGGCCUAAAGUUAACGUUGAUAGAUUUUGGUGUUUGUCUGAUGGGUUUUAUUUUUUAUGGAAUAAUCAAUCAACUAUGACCCAGUUUUUGCCUCCAAACCUUUUAGCUCUCUUUGCACCUCGAGAUCCAAUACCUUACUUGAUACCAGUUGAUAAACUUCCACAUGAGAAAAAUUUGAAAGGUUUGAAAUACACUGGUGUUGGUUCAUUUCUAGCUGACUUUGAGGAUCCUAAAGAAACUCCACCACCAACCAGGAUUGAAACACGAGAAGAAAGGCAAGAAAGAAAGAGAAGGGAAAAAGCUGAACAGACAGCCUAUAAAUUGGAACAAGAUAUUGCUUUAUGGGAUCCACAUAAUGAUACCAAUGGGACCUCUGAUCCUUAUAAAACACUAUUUAUUGCAAGAAUUAACUAUGACUCUUCUGAAUCUAAGCUGAGAAGAGAGUUUGAAGUUUAUGGGCCAAUCAAGAAAAUUGUUCUUGUGCAUGAUAACACCACAGGUAAACCACGUGGAUAUGCUUUCAUUGAAUAUGAACAUGAACGGGAUAUGCAUUCUGCAUAUAAACAUGCUGAUGGGAAGAAGAUUGAUGGACGAAGAGUUCUAGUUGAUGUCGAAAGAGGUCGCACAGUAAAGGGGUGGCUUCCUCGAAGGCUAGGAGGAGGACUAGGGGGUACUAGACGUGGUGGGCCAGAUGUCAAUGUUAAACACUCGGGAAGGGAUGAUGGACGAAUGGAUGAAAAGUAUCUUAGUGACCGUGGUGACCGAGAAAGGGAGAGGGAGCGAAGAAGAAGUAGAAGUCGUAGUCGAGAAAGAAGGAAGCGUAGCAGAAGCAGAGACCGCUAUAAAGACCGUAGGAGGGAUAGAGAAAGACCAGCAGAGACUCCUUUAGAAGGAAAUAAUGAAGUGGUAUCUGAAAAUGACAAAAGAAAAAGAAGUCGAAGUCGUGAGAGGGAUCGCAAGCGUAGACGCAGCCGUAGCCGUGAACGCAAGAAGAGAGAGAAGGAGAGGGAGGGUCGACGUGACAAGGAUGGAAGAGUAAAAGUAGAACCUGUUUUGAAACCAGAAAUUAGUCAGGAUGGGUACUCAUCAAGUAGUAUGGGUUAUGAUGGUGGUGACUUUAACUAUAAUGCUGAUUCAGCUUAUGAUGUUAAGUAUAAUAAUAACAACAACAAUAAUAAUGACAACAAUAAUGAAGAAUUUGCUGAGGAAGGUUUUUAGGAAGAAAAGGAAUUUUCCAACACAUUCAUGUUUCUGUCGAGUGCAUCAGGAUUAGCUUGAGGAGAACCCCCAUCAAGUUUACUUAAGAGUAUCACCUUUUCUUAAAGUUCAGGCUAGUUAACACGAGAAUCUUUUACAUUUAGCUUUAUGAAAAAAAAAAUCAUUGCUUCUUUGUAUUAAUGAUAGCUGAUAUUACUACAGCGCUCUUUUAAAUUAGGCUCAAAUGGUCAGGAAUGUGUUUUAAAUGGUAAUGUUUUUGAAUUCUUAUUGACAUGACUGUAGAUUCCACAAGAAUCUGCCCGAGGUGUUUUUAAAAGUACAAUAAACUACUCUUACGUGAAGUGUUUA